CUGCAAACCCUCUCUCAAUUCUCAAACCAAAAUCACAAUUUCAAUGGCUUCUUCAAGUCUUCUUGGUCCUCCAGAGCUCAGCCUCCUUCAAUAUUAAUCCCUAUAGUUCCGACGACAGUGGUGACGAGGACACCCACGGAGAUGGGGGCAAGUGGCUGAGCUUCAGUGGAAGAGAAUGGCGGACGACAUGUUAAAGCAAGGCAAGAUGAGGAAUUGCCUGGCUAUUUCCGACGUCUCGGGAAGCAUGGGAGGAACCCCCAUGAAAGUUUCCGUGGCAUAGGGGAUUUUGGAGUCAGAAUUGAGUGAAGAUCUAUGAAAAGGAAAGGUGAUCACUUUCAGUCAGUGGCCUCAGCUGCAUUUGAUACAAGGCGAUGAUCUCAAUCCAAGUGUGAGUUUGUGAAUAGGAUGGAGGCUGGUUACAACACUGAUUUCCAAAAGGUGUUUGAUUUGAUUCUGAAAGUGCCCGUGAAGGGGAAUUUGAAGCCGGAGGACAUGAUAAAGAGGGUGUUUGUGUUCAGCGACAUGGAGUUUGAUGAGGCUUCGUCGUCUAGCAGCUGGGAGACUGAUUACGCUGUGAUACAGAAGAAGUUUGAGAAUCAAGGGUAUGGGAAUGCGGUGCCGCGGAUUGUGUUUUGGAAUCUGAGGCACUCCAAGGCGACGCCGGUGACCGGGACACAAUCCGGAGUGGCUCUGUCGAGUGGCUUCUCUAAGAAUUUGCUCAAGCUCUUCUUGGAUAAUGACGGGGAAGUUCAACCGGACCUGGAAGCUGCCAUAUCCGGCCAAGAGUAUCAGAAGCUGGUUGUGUUGGAUUGAAUUGAUUGAUCAUCUCUGCUUAAGUGGUUGUUUUUGUUUAGUUUAGACGCAAGUUAAUAUUCCAUUUCUCAAUUUGUAACAAGCUGUGAAAACAAAAGGUGAAAUAUAUGCAGAGAACCACUAGUCCAGUUGUUUGGGGUAAUUACUCCUCCAGUAAGG